CCAUGACACUUUCCCCCUUUGAUAUGUAAUCAUCGAAGAACGGGAGACGAAAAAAAAAAAGAAGGCGGGCGAAACAUACUGAUUGCAAAAAGGGAUAAUAAUCUUGGAUCCACAACUCGAGCACCAUCGGAAAAGAGUAGACAGAGCCACAACAGCACCAGCAACAAGGAACAACAACUCCUGAACGGUUAUUCUUCCCCUCUUCCCGGUUGCUCGGGGUAAAAGUAGGCGAAUCGCACGCAGCGUAUACGCCUGGAAAAUUCCCAAUUCAAGGUUAGCAGGGAAAGACGGGGGACGUAUGCACGCUGACUGUGCUGAGUCGAGGUAAACUCCAUGGAGGGCAAACGUGCGCGCCGUGCCAUCUCUCUCCAAAUCCUCGAUCCUUUUUUUUUGUCCCCGUCUUACCAUCCCGACCGAGCCCAAUCGUACAAGCGGCCUGUUUUUGCUUCUUUUUUCCAAACACGCAAGCACGGGGCAGCAAUCGCUCAUGUUAGAUCCGAUGGCCGACCUCCGGGGGCGCGCGCGGAACACUUGAUCAAUUCCAAUCGUUUUUUUUUUUGCUUCUUCUUGGGGGAGGGCCCUUGUUUCGUACAAUAUAACACCGGCCGGUGGACGCCUGUGGACACUGUGACCGUGACAUCUUUUGCCCGCUCCUCCGUCGAGUCUGCUUGGGCCGUUCAUAUAACUUUGUUGCAUUUCUCUUUUAGUACUUGGUCUCUUGUUGGUGCGUCGCUCUACGGCAUUUCGUCUCUCGGUUUCAGGGCCGUCCGGGACUCGAUAAACUUGGAGAGACACUGGUUGUAAAGGGUGUUGAUGCGUACGUGCGAGAACAGUGUCUGGUAAUAGGAUGAUUGAUAUUUGAUUGAGCCAAGGUUU